UAAAAUAGAGCUCACUCGGAGAGGCCUGCGGAGAAGCGCUGGGAACUGUCGCUUCCGGCAUGUUCAGCUCCGGAGGAAGAACGGCCGAGAAGUGGAGGGCGGGGAAGAGACUCCAAUGCCCAGCGGGCCGUGCGCGGGCGGCGCUUGCGCGAUACGCGGACGGGGGGGCGGUCGGGCCAUUUAAAUGUGUGUUUGUGGGUGAAAUGGCUGCGCAGGUCGGAGCGGUGCGCGUAGUACGGGCGGUGGCGGCGCAGGAGGAGCCGGACAAAGAAGGGAAGGAGAAACCCCAUGCUGGGGUCUCGCCGCGGGGAGUGAAGCGGCAGCGCCGAGCGAGCAGUGGGGGUUCUCAGGAGAAGCGGGGGCGGCCGAGCCAGGACCCCCCUCUCGCUCCCCCUCACCGGCGGCGUCGCAGCCGCCAACAUCCCGGGCCGCUGCCGCCAACGAAUGCAGCCCCAACCGUCCCAGGCCCUGUUGAGCCUCUGCUCCUGCCGCCUCCGCCGCCACCUUCGCUGGCACCCGCCGGGCCCGCUGUCGCUGCCCCGCUCCCGGCCCCAGGCACAUCGGCCCUCUUCACCUUCUCUCCUUUGACGGUGAGCGCGGCCGGGCCCAAGCAUAAGGGCCACAAGGAGCGGCACAAGCACCAUCACCACCGCGGCUCCGAUGGUGACCCCAGCUCCUGCGUUCCGGGCGAUCUCAAGCACAAGGACAAGCAGGAAAACGGGGAGAGAACUGGAGGGGUGCCUCUGAUCAAGGCCCCCAAGAGAGAAACACCAGAUGAAAAUGGUAAAACCCAGAGAGCUGAUGAUUUUGUCUUGAAGAAAAUAAAGAAGAAAAAGAAAAAGAAACACCGAGAAGAUAUGCGAGGAAGACGCCUUAAAAUGUACAAUAAGGAAGUACAAACCGUCUGUGCUGGCCUGACCCGCAUCAGUAAGGAAAUCCUCACCCAAGGACAAAUAAAUAGCACUUCAGGAGUAAAUAAGGAGUCCUUCAGGUAUCUGAAAGAUGAACAGCUGUGCCGAUUAAAUUUGGGCAUGCAAGAAUAUCGGGUACCCCAGGGAGUACAAACACCUUUUAUGACUCACCAGGAACAUUCUAUUCGUAGAAAUUUCUUAAAAACAGGUACUAAAUUUAGCAACUUUAUUCAUGAGGAACACCAGUCCAAUGGUGGUGCACUUGUCCUUCAUGCUUACAUGGAUGAACUCUCAUUUUUGUCUCCAAUGGAGAUGGAGAGAUUUUCUGAGGAGUUUCUUGCUUUGACAUUCAGUGAAAAUGAGAAAAAUGCUGCUUACUAUGCUUUAGCAAUAGUGCAUGGAGCGGCUGCUUAUCUCCCAGACUUCCUGGACUACUUUGCUUUUAAUUUCCCCAACACUCCUGUGAAAAUGGAGAUUCUGGGCAAGAAAGAUAUCGAAACAACCACCAUUUCAAAUUUUCACACUCAGGUCAACAGGACAUACUGCUGUGGCACCUACCGAGCAGGUCCCAUGCGGCAGAUAAGUCUUGUUGGAGCAGUAGAUGAAGAAGUUGGUGAUUAUUUCCCAGAGUUCCUUGAUAUGUUAGAAGAAUCACCAUUUCUGAAAAUGACUUUGCCCUGGGGUACACUUUCCAGCCUCCGACUCCAGUGUAGGUCCCAGAGUGAUGAUGGGCCUAUCAUGUGGGUUAGGCCAGGAGAGCAGAUGAUCCCUACAGCAGAUAUGCCAAAGUCACCCUUCAAAAGACGACGAUCAAUGAAUGAAAUUAAAAAUCUCCAGUACCUACCUCGGACCAGUGAACCCCGUGAAGUCCUCUUUGAAGAUAGGACAAGAGCUCAUGCUGACCAUGUAGGUCAGGGGUUUGACUGGCAGAGUACGGCUGCUGUUGGGGUUUUGAAAGCUGUACAGUUUGGUGAAUGGAGUGACCAGCCUCGCAUAACCAAAGAUGUGAUUUGUUUUCAUGCUGAGGAUUUUACUGAUGUUGUACAGAGACUUCAGUUAGACCUUCAUGAACCUCCAGUUUCCCAGUGUGUACAGUGGGUGGAUGAAGCUAAACUAAACCAAAUGAGGCGGGAAGGCAUUCGUUAUGCUAGAAUUCAGCUGUGUGACAAUGAUAUUUACUUCAUCCCUAGAAAUGUCAUUCAUCAGUUCAAAACAGUGUCAGCAGUGUGCAGCUUAGCUUGGCAUAUAAGGCUUAAACAGUACCACCCUGUUGUGGAAGCCACUCAAAACACAGAAAGCGGUUCUAACAUGGACUGUGAUUUAACUGGAAAGCGAGAAUUAGAAGUUGACUCCCAGUGUGUGAGGGUAAAAACUGAAUCUGAAGAGACAUGCAGAGAGAUGCAGCUUUUGACGACUGCUUCAUCGUCCUUCCCUUCAUCAGAACUUAAUCUACAGCAAGAUCAGAUGACUCCGCCUAUUCCAGUUUUAAAGGUGGAAAGUAGACUGGACUCUGACCAGCAACACAAUCUACAGGAACAUUCGAGCACUCCUGUGUGAUAUGUACAUAUUCAAACACAUUUUUUAACUUUUUUAAAUUUUGAUGUGAAGUUAUAGUUUUAUAACUGGCUUAAGUUAAGUUUUAUUGGAGAAAUCUUGCCUAUAAUUCUAUAAAGAGAAAUGACAUUCCACAAAUGUCAAGCAUAUCUUUUUUACACAGAUUAUGCAAAGUUAAGAGUUGUAUCUUAUCCCGUUAGUACAGUAUGUAAUAGUGGGUCUGCUGCUACUUUCUGUUUUAAGGUGUGAGGUAACAAUUCAAUCUCUUCUUCAAAUCAAACUGAGAAUUCUCUGGAAUAACAGAUUCUUAUUUGGUAAAUUAUUCACUUCCCUUAAUUUUAUCUUGCCUCGUCUCUUGCCAUAUUUGCUGUUUUUAUGAUAGAAGGUCAGAUUUAUGCUUUAGUACUUGUGUCUUUAUGGCACACCUUCAAUUUUCUACAGUAAAAAUGGCAUAGGUUGCAGGAAAGUGUUCCUGCAUCUUGUACGUGGGCACGUAAGUUCCAACCAUAAAGAACAGGUAGUUUCUAAGGAAAAUCCAGUGGCUCUCUGGUUUCUUAACAAAAGAGAAAGCACAGCACUUUCUGAUCCAAACUGUCUUUUUUUUUGUAUCUGUUAUUUAAAGCCCAGUGGAUAUUUCAAUUAAAAAUAUCUGAAGAUGAA